ACGUUGUCCUCGGCUUGAAAAUCCGAAUCACCCGUCAGAACGGCGGCAACUGUGGAAGGAGAGAUGUCGGGGAACAACAGGUGUAAGAGAUGCCUUCAUAAGUAUAUGUUGCCGGAGGAAGAAAAAGAAGAAAAUCUACCACGUCUCCUCAUUUGUGGGCAUGUCUUUUGUGAGUCAUGUUUACGGACAUUGACACAGUUCGGUAAAGCCAUAGUGUGCCCACAGUGUCGGGUUGAAACUGCUUUGAAAGAGAACGAGGGCGCUGAGAACCUUCAAGUUGAAAUCUGCAUCGCCGGACUUGUCUGCACAGCCAAAAUGAGCACAAGGAAAAAAAUUAACUUUGAACUUGGUGAUACAGGACAUGGUCUGGAAUUUGGUGAAUGGUCUGAAACUUCAGACAUUAAAAAUGAGGAAGAGAUCUCUGAACUGGAUAAUGACAUGUCAGAAGCCUUAGAUGAAGCUUUAUGGACAGCUACUACAAACUUGUUGAGUCUUAAAACCACACACAAGAAACUUGUAGGAGAUUUACAUGCUCAAAUAAAAAGGGAGAAACUCAGGCUUGUACAAGAAAUAGAAGAAGCAUUUAAUAAAGCCACUACAAUUUUAACAAGAAGAAAGGUUACAUUGCUUGGUGAAAUAGAAAAUGAAGAUGUUUUCUUCUCUAGUAGCAGAGAGAGGAUACGGAGUGUGGAGGACAAGAAAAGGGAUUUGGAUACAGCUAUUCAAAUGGGAAAGCAAAUUAAACAAUUCCCUGUUCUUGUUAACUACUGUGAUGUGAAAAAGGUUAUCAGUACUUUGAAUGCUCCCCUAGAUGAAGAAUCAUUGGAUUCAGUUCAACAAUAUGGGUCUGGUCUGAGCUGUGGUAUCCAAAUUGAUGACCUUAUUCAGAGCGUACAGAGCUGCAUAUGGAUUUCAGCCGGCAUACAAAAAUUACUUCCACCUGAGGAGACUGAGCCUAUGGAACCGAUCCAGCCUGUGUGCUGCCCAGUGCAGGGCUUUAACAGAAGUAACAUGACAACUUGCAUUUCUGAAGGAAAGAUGUCGGCUAAGGCACCUGGGAAGGACCAGGAAUUGUUUGUUCCUAUCAAAUCGGAAACUGAGAGUUAUGAACAGCGUAAAGGAACUGCAAUGUUGAACACAUUCUCAAGCCCCAAUGUGAUAAUUGAGGAAAUAAUUGAAGAAGGGGAGCCACCUGUUGCUGAAAUCAAACCUCCUAACAUAAGACAAAAGCCCAAAAAAAUGAAGGAGAGGAAGUUAGCCGAGUGUGCCCCUUUUUUCCCGAAAAAAGUGUUUCAGGAGUGGGUAUAUGUUACCCAUGUGAUAAACCCAAACCAUUUCUAUGUAAGAAGAGUGGCAGAGAAGAAACUGGCAGCCACUUUGAGUAAUAGGAUAAACACAAUCUGCAUAAAAGAUAGCUGUGUCUUCAACCUCGAUGAUGUUCUAGAGAUCGGUGCACAGAUCUUUAUAAAAUGCAAAGCAAACACGUGGUGCAGAGCAACAGUUGCUGAACUUGUCCCAGGAGAUGAGGAUUGUCAGACUGUAGUCAAGUGUAUGGUCUCAGAAGUUGGUAGAAUCCAAGCCUUUUUGGAUGACUAUGGGUACAUGGAAGAACUUACUGUUGCAAGAGCUAAAGGAAUAUCUGAGACAAAACCUGGACAGGUUACCCCUCCAAGUUCAUUGGUAGAAGACUUGACUCUAUAUAUCAGAAAACCUGAAAUGGUGAAACCAGAAAUGAGAAGAGUGGCUUCAUUAGCAAUAAGAUGUUCAUUGAAGGACAUUAUACCAGCAGGCUUGGAGAAAGGCUGGCGGGAAGAAGCUCGAACCGAGUUUAUACGAGUAGUCGGCAACAAGGUUGUUGAGAUGAGAGUGUUUGGAGAUGACGGGGACUCUCUGCUUGUUGACUUGAAGAAAUCUGCAAUGGACAAGAUGGCAAGCGACAUGCCUAUUUCUCUCCGAGAAUACCUGGUCUUCCUGGAGCUUGCAAGGUUUUACUCACCAUUAUCUGGGGCUGUGGUUACAAUGUCAAAUAAUAAAAGGCCUGUGCAGUAUUGUCUCCCAGUCUAUCCAGAGAUGAAUGUGGACUUCAAUGCAGUCGUGAGCCAUGUGGCCAGUCCUUCAGAAUUCUACAUCCAGCAUGCAGACAAUGUGGAGUUUCUGAUUCUCAUGGCAAAGAUUCAAGACUUCUACUGUAAAGGAGAAGAUGGUUUAGAAAUGUAUUGCCCCUACCAAGAUCAAGCCUGUGUAGCCUUGUUUGAGGAUGAUGUCUGGUAUCGAGCACGGAUCAUUGGUUUUCCAGGAAGCAGAGCCAUUGAGGUCAAAUUUGUUGACUUUGGAAAUACGUCGCAAGUGUCAAUCAACCACAUUCGGAAAAUAAAGGAUGAUUUUUUUGUUUUACCAGAAAUGGCCAUUCAGUGCAGUCUUGCAGAUGUUAAACCCUUAAAUAGUGCUGAUGAGUGGAGCAAAGAAUCCAACAAAAGAUUUCGAGAACUGACUGAGGAUAGGUUAAUGUGUGUUUCAGCAACAGCCACUGUUACCAGAAAAAAGCUUCUCCUAGUCAAGCUGUACAACAGCCAAGACACAACUGACAUUAGUGAAGUUCUGGUAAAGGAAAACCUGGCUCGUUUCAGGAAGACUGGGCUUGAAGCAUGUGCAUCAUUUCCCAAAUGUGUGGAGGUUUGGGAUCCUCCUAUUGAAGAAUCAGUAGAGGGUCCUGGACCAGACAUCCAGGCAAUAAGUGCUUUACAAAAGGCAAGACAACAGAAGGGUGCAAUGGGUAAAGAUGUGGUGACACCAUUGAACCACCUUCUGGAAACUAAACAAGACCUUAAAGUAAGAGUUACUCAUGUAACAUCACCAGGCAGUUUCUUUGUACAGCUCCUCUCCUCAGACAGCCUACUUAAAAGGUUACAGAGCAGUUUGGAUGCCGAGUAUUUAAAUUCUAAACCAGAAGAAGUAGAAUGGAAGGAGAAGAUUAAUUGUGCUGUGCUGGCUAAUGGAAUUUGGCAAAGAGGAGAAAUCUGUAGCAUUUUACCAGAAAACACAGUGGAGGUACUGUGCUUUGAUUUUGGCAACAAAGUUGUGGUGGGUAUCUCCAAACUGAGAAAUCUCAAAGAGGAAUUGAUCUAUGGAAGUCUGGCAUUAGAGUGUUGUUUGAGCGAUAUAAGACCAGCUGGAGGGAGUGAGGUCUGGACAGCAACAGCAUGCGACUUCAUUUCAUACUAUUUAACAGGAGCUUUGGCUUUGAUGUCUGUGAAGCAGGAAGAGUUUUCUGAAUGGCCACUGCCAGUUACUCUCUAUUGUCCAAAUAAGGCUGGACAAGAUGUCAGCAUUGCCGAGUACCUUAUAAGUGAAGGCUUGGCUUUAAAGGAAAGAAAAGUGACUGUAGUUCACAAAGCAUUGGAAAUCAAUGAAAAGAGUGUUGAAGAUCCCCAGAAAGAACCAUGUGUAGCAACAAAGAGGCUGACUGCUAAAGCAGGAUGUGAACCUGAGUGUGAUGUGCUGGCACCCCAGAGCACAGCGCCACAGAGUGUCAAGUCAGAGCCAUACAGGCCCCCUGUUCUUCCUUCUGGGAAACUGUGUCAGAUGGUGGUAGCUUCUGUUGGGGAUGAUGGAAUUAUCUAUGGGAUGACCAAAAAUGCUGAGAAGGAAUUUGAACAGCUUGUAGAGAACAUUCAGCAACACGUUAAAAGUCUUGGACACCAGCAGCCAUACACCUGGAAGCUAGGAGAGGGCUGUGCUGUGAGGGGCUCUGACAUGCUCUGGCAUAGAGGAAAAGUCUUGGAGGUUUUUGGUGGGUGUGUGAAGGUACGGUAUAUAGAUCAAGGGUUUAUCGAGAAGAUUCCAGUGUGCCACAUUUUCCCAACAGUUCUGUUUGAAGAUGUCCCGCAGCUUUGCAUCCCCUGUCAGCUUUAUGGGCUGCUACCUGUUGGCAAUGUCUGGCAGCCAGAUGCAGUUCACCUUCUUAAAGAGUUACUUCAACAUAGAUACGUUGAUGUGGAUAUUAUGGAGCUGCCAAAAGACCCGAAAGAUAAGAUGUUGGUUCAGAUUCACUUUGAUGGAAUGUCGCUUUCCACGAUAAUGGAGCAUCACCAGCAUGCUGUCCAGGAUAAAUCUGUUAUGUUGACAAAGCAACCUAUUUUGAAAUCGGCUGAUGAUGAAUUGGAGGAUUUUGACUUCAGUUACAAGGGCUUGGAAAUGGAGGAACCUGCUGUUGGUUUUUAUACCUACCCUGUGGUGCCUGACCAGGGAAAACUCUUUCCUGUGAUAGUGAAACACCUUGAGACCCCAAAUGUGGUAUAUAUAACUCUUGACGACAUGCAGGACAAGCUUGAUGCUGAGGACUUGAAGGAAGCUUUAGAACGUGUUAAUCAGCAUGCAGACAGUCUUCCACUGCUCUCAGACUUCAGUGCAGGAGCACCUUGUCUCGCCAAGUACAGUGAUGGAAAGUAUUACAGAGCAAAGCUGGCUGGAUUUGAAAAUCUUAACCCAGUUAAGCUCCUCAUAAUACAUGUUGACUUUGGUUCUAUGGAUACUUUGACCACCGACAGACUUCGUCAGAUCCCAGCUGAGCUGCUGGACUUUCCUUGUCAGGCAAUCAAGGUGAAUCUGGCAGGAUUUAGACCAUCUGAUAUAGAUGAUGAAACGGAGAGAGUUCCUUACAAACCUGAGUGGAGUCUGGAAGCACUAUGGACCAUGCUAAGCCUGUUGCAGGGGAAAAAGCUUCUAGCUUUCAGGGUGUCAAAGAAUCCAGAACUCACUGUAUACUUAUAUGACGGGAGAACACUAGUUCAUGUGCCAUUUGUGGAAAGUGGUUUUGCAGAGUAUGAUUAGGAAAACAGAAAUGAGCAGAGCGAAAAAGCAGGAUGUUGCUGUGCUGUCCAGUAUAUUUGCCUUCAGAUUCAAAUGUGAAUGUUUUUUGUUUUAUUACAGUUUUUGGUAACUAAAAUAUGUGCAUAAGCCUGUAUUCAGGAAAUUGUUUAUAAAAAAAAAAGCAGAGUUCUUACAGGCACCAGAAGGAAAUGUUAAAUGAUCAUUGUUAAUUAACUUUUUGUUGUUGUUACUGUUAAUGGUAAUUAGUAACCAAAACAUACAUUUGUUGCAGAUAGAGCAAGAAAGCCUUGUUUAAAGGUUUAAUCUAGAAACACUGCUUGAAAGAAAAUCUUCUGUUCAGUGACCAUUUCAAUGUUUAUUUUUCUGCAGAGUGAAAUUAAAGUUUUUUGCAUUA